AUGGGUCGCAAGUCGAAGUCCAAGACAAAGACAAAGACAAAAAUAACAGUGACGAAGUCAAAAGUAACGAAGAAGUCGUCGGCGGGGGGAGAGAUAACGCUCACCAUCUCUGAGCAUUCCGCACAGCGCCUUCAAGAUGAAGCAGCGGGAGCAAUGAAGAAGCUGGACAAGCUUGUUGAAGGUCGAGUCCACGUGCUUAGCAAAGAAGUCGGAGAUGGCGUCACAAAGGUGCUCAGAGAAAGCAACAUAGAAAAGAGCGAGAAGGAAAGGGUACAGCGAAGACGAGAGUGGUUGGACUUGUAUCUCGGCGCACGAGACAAGCUUUCCGGUCUCGAUCCGGAAGAAAGCGUACGCGACUCCCUCCAGGUAAUCCACCUCCGCGAUCACCUCGACACACUGCACUACCUGGAGUUCGUCGAGUCAGCAUUUCUCGAUAGUGGACUCCAAGCGCGCCUGGAAUCGCUUAAGGAACAAUGGAACAAGGCAAGGAAGCACAUGGCAAAGAUCGAGGAGGAGAUGUCAGAUGUUCACAAAAAGAUGGAAGAACAGACAGAAAGUAUUCGCCAGCGUACGAUUAGACACUUCGGAAGAAGAUAUUUCGAGAAAUUCGAUGAGGAUGUGGAUUAA